AUGGGGAAAUCUAAGUCUCGCGCUCAGCAAUUUGCUGGCUUGACCGAACCUGUGCCUAAAGAUUUUGACCCAGAGGAAGAUAUUCCGGAAAAUAACAGCAACGGUAGUGGAUCUGAAGACAGCGGUGAUGAUUUGGCGGGCACAGAGCAUUAUGCUCAGUUUGGUAAGAGCAAGCUUCGCAAGACAGAGGAAGUCGCCCUUGGGCCUCAAUACGCUGGUUCACGAAUAAGCCGAGACCAGCUACUUGACGAUGAAUCAGACUCGAAAGCCGAGCCUUCUGAUUCGGAGGAGGAAUAUUCCAAGUUCGCAGAUCCAGACGAUUCCGAGAUCGAAGUUGAUGAUGAGGACGGAGACAUCGACAGUGACGCAGCAUUUGGCGAAAGUGAUUCGGAAAAAUUCAAGGAGUUUACGUUUCGGGGAAGUGGCAAGCCCGUGGAGUUGAAUGGGCAUAAGAAACGGGCGACUGCCGCGGAUUUCAUGUCAACUAGCGAGGAUGAAGGUGUCGCUCUAGAUGAGGUUCACUCUGGCGAAGACGAGACGGACGAGGAUGUUUUGGAUACUGCCCGGCAGCACUCCGAUGAUUCAGAGAACGAGGUGUUUUCUACGGCACGCCAGUCUCCCGAGAAAGGGGGUUUUGAGAGUAAGGAUUUGGAAGACGAAGAGAGCUUUGAGGGCGGUGAUGAGGAUGACGAUAUGGACUCAAUGCCUAUUGAAGAUGCACGGAGUAGCAAUGGCUCCGAAAGCGAAGAUGAAGACGACGAUGAUGAGAAGGAGAGAAAGGCCGACCUUAAGAAAUUCGGGGACAAGGGACAGAAUACUCUCGUGGCUACGAUUUCCCAAGCAGCAAAAGCCGACGCCGAUAAGGGAAAUGCAGUGAAGCAACAGAGAAAGGCUUUUGAUUCUCUCCUGAGUGUGAGAAUGGUUCUGCAAAAGGCCCUGGUUGCUACAAAUUCUAUGACUGUCAAUGAGGACAAGGAUACCGAAGACGCCCCGAAUCAACCGUACGGAGCAGCAGAGGAAGCUGCCAUCAAGUUAUGGAAUACUCUGGAUGGUCUCAGACACGAUUUGUCAAAAUCAAAGGCCGGUGGUCAAGCAGGCCAGAAACGCAAGCGUGGCGUCGAUAUCUCAACGCCUUCGCCCACCAUUUGGGAACGAAUGCAGAAUUCGGAAAUAUCCGAGAUUGAUACCAGACAAACGACUCUAGAAAAAUGGUCAGCCAAGGUUCGUGGCCCGACCUCAGUAGCCAUUGAAGGGAAGGUCAAGCGGAAGCAAGCCUCAGUACAAUCCAUCACAUCCGUUAUCCAAGAGCAGCUUUCAAACUCGGACCAUUUGAUCAGGAAAACAAAGAUCCCUCGAUCCUGCGCACCUGUUCAGAGGGACCUUAAAAUAUCCGAAGAUCCCAAUAUCUACGACGAUGGGCAUUUCUAUCAACUUCUGCUCAAAGAACUAGUAGACCAGAGAAGAGUAGAGUCCUUGACCGCGCCCGCUGCUGGUGCUGGGAAUGGGGGUGCAUUGCAAUGGACUGCUGUGAAAGAGGCGAAGACGAAGAAAAAUGUUGAUACGAAGGCUAGUAAAGGCAGGAAGAUGCGCUACACAGUGCAUGAGAAGUUGCAGAACUUCAUGGCGCCUGAAGAUAGGGCGAACUGGGAGCCGGACGCGAUCGAUAGAUUUUUUGGAACACUUUUGGGUCAGAAAAUGACACUGCGAGAAGAGGAGAUGGACGUUGACGGGGACGAGGAAGUUCCUCUUGAAGAGGAGGGCUUGAAACUAUUUAGGUCUAGCUAA